CAACAACUACAAAAAAGUUUGACAGAUAUUAAAUUAAUUGAAAAAUCUAUGGAAAAAGCAAAGUUGGGAAAAAGUUUUUCAUUAGAAGUUCACAAGAGUAGACCAUCAGAUUUGAUAUCCUUUGAUGAAAAUUCUCCUAGAUUUUGUGAAGACUUGACAUUAGGCAAGGAAAAUGAUAAAAAUGUGUUAAAUGAAAGUCUUUGCCAUUCAAAAAGCUUAGAAGAAACACUGCAAGAUAAAAUAAAGAGCCAAGAAGCAAUCAUUAAAGAUCUCAAAUCAAAACUUGAAUUGCAAUCUCACAGUGAAGAUUAUAUGAAUGUUAGUGCAUUAGCUACUCCAGCUAAGACAAAGAAAGAUACAAGCCUGUUCUCAGGAAGAGAAAACUUUAGCUUUUUUGACGGUUUUACCUCUACACCUGCUAAGAAUAACAAAGAAAGAGUUUUGAAGCAUCAAAGUGAUGCUACAGUUGUCGAUUCUGGGAAUGACAAAAACACUGCUUUAGAAAACCGUUUGAAACAACUUUGUCAGGAACUUGAUUGUCAAAGGCACAAUUUUGAAGCUACAAAAAAUGCUAUGGAAUUGAAAUUUAAAGAGAGUGAGAACAUACUAAAAACAGAUUUAAAGUUUCAAGUUCAAGCCUGUGCAAGUGUGGAGAAAGAACUUAAUGAACUCAGAAAUAAGUACCAACAAGAAACCUCACAGUCUUCAAAGAAAUUGGAUAUGAUUACACUACAACUAAAUAAAUCUGAACAGCUUAAAACUCAAUAUGAGCAAGAGAUAAAGAGACUUGAAACAAAAUUGAAUGAUUCAGAACAGAUUUUGAGAAAAAAAGAAGAGGAAUUUCAAGAACUACAGAAAUUAAAAAAUGUUGCUGAUAUGACAUGUCAAUCAUUACAAGCACUGAAGUCUGAUUUAGAAAAAAAAUGCAACAGUUCUCUUAAAGAAAAUAUGAUGUUGAAUGAUCAAAUUAGUUCAUCUAAGAUUGAACUUGAAAAAAAUGUUAAUCUCUUGAAAGAAAAAGAUUUAUGCUUAUGUAACAUGAAAAAGGAGAUGGAUUCCAUUUCACACUCUUGCAACAAUUUGGAAGGUAAAAUAAAGGAAUUAGAUAACAAGUUAAGAGCUUCUGAGGCAGAUUAUGCUAAUCUUACCAAUAAAUUUGAAAAGCUUGUGGACAGUGAGAAUUCCUUAAAGUCUCUCUCUGAAAAGUUGGAGAAAGAAAGAGCUCAGCUCCAGAACAACUUGAAGGAAGAAAACAGUAAAUCUCAACGACUCGAGUUAAAUGCACAGAAACUAGAAAAAAAUAUUCAGACACUUCAAAAUCAAUUAGAAAAUAAAGUUCUAGAAUUAAAUGGACUUAAUGAUGAGACGAAACUUGCAAAGGAGAAAUAUGAGGGUAAAAUAAAGGAAUUAGAUAACAAGUUAAGAGCUUCUGUGACAGAUUAUGCUAAUCUCACCAAUAAAUUCGAUAAGCUCAUGGCCAGUGAGAAUUCCUUAAAGUCUCUCUCUGAAAAGUUGGAGAAGGAAAAAGCUCAGCUCCAGAACAACUUGAAGGAAGAAAACAGUAAGUCUCAACAACUCGAAUUAAAUGCACAGAAACUAGGAAAAGAUAUUCAGACACUUCAAAGUCAAUUAGAAAAUAAAGUUUUAGAAUUAAAUGGACUUAAUGAUGACACGAAACUUGCGAAGGAAAAAUAUGAGGGUAAAAUAAAGGAAUUAGAUAACAAGUUAAGAGCUUCUGAGACAGAUUAUGCUAAUCUCACCAAUAAAUUCGAUAAGCUUGUGACCAGUGAGAAUUCCUUAAAGUCUCUCUCUGAAAAGUUGGAGAACGAAAAAGCUCAGCUCCAGAACAACUUGAAGGAAGAAAAUAGUAAAUCUCAACAACUCGAAUUAAAUGCACAGAAACUAGAAAAAGAUAUUCAGACACUUCAAAGUCAAUUAGAAAAUAAAGUUUUAGAAUUAAAUGGACUUAAUGAUGAGAUGAAACUUACGAAGGAAAAGUAUGAUGAAACUAUAAAAGAAAUGGAAGCUAAAAUAGCAGAUACUCAAGCUGAAGUAUCAAAUACAUCAAAAGAAGUGGAGAGAUUGACAAAUGAAAAGUCAUCACUUGAAAAUUUGUUAGAGAAUUUGGAAAAGAGAGAAAAGAAUAUUAAUGAUCAAUUAUUCACUGAAACUGAAAAAAAUAAAGCUCUUUCCCUUGAAAUUGAUGAAUUGAAGCGAAAUGUUGAAGAGCUUAAUAAAAAUCUUACUAUCAAACAGGAACAAACUCUAAAACUUAGUGAAAAUUUAACUAAAGAAUAUGAGAUUGCUUCACAGGAGCUACAAAAUAAAACCGAAGAAUUGUCAGCAAUGCAGAAAGAGAUAAAAGAUCUUGCUGAAAUGCAAUCAUCCCUAGAGAAAUCUUUAGCUUUGUUAGAGGCUGAGAAAACUGAGGUUUCUGAGAAACUUGCAGUAGAAGUUGAAAAAAAUAAAUCCAUUUUAAGUGAAGGUGAAAAUCUUCAGAGAAAGAUUCUUAAACUAGAGGAAAUCAUUCUUCAAAAGACGAACAACAUUCAGAAACUAGACGGGAAUAAUAAAAAAUAUGAGGUAGAAAUGGAAAAUCUAUCUGCUAAAAAUUCAACUUUAGAAAAGAAAAAUGAAGCAUUAUUUGAAAAGAAUGAGCAACUUUCUUCUGAUCUAGAAAGCCAGAAGAAAAUAAUUUCAUCCCUUAAUGAAGAAAUACGAAAUAAAGUGAAUGAAAUGAAAGACCUUGAAGAAAAAUCCUCCACUGUCGAUAAAUAUAAGCAUGAAGUUCAAAAUCUUUCUGUGAAGUGUUCUACAUUGGAGGAAGAGAAGAAAAUGUUGUUAGAACAAAAUGAAAUGUUUUCAAAUUCUCUAGAGGAACAGAGUAGCAUAAUUAGUUGCAAAGUGGAUGAAAUCAAUGAAUUAAAGGCUAAGAAAUCUCUUGAGGAAAAAUAUGAACUUGAUAAUAAAAAACUUCAAGUUGAAUUGUCCACCUUAUCAGAAAGUAUUGAAACCCUAAAGCUUCAAAUUGAGAAGCAAACUUUAAAGGAAACUAGUUUGGGAGAACAACUGUCUCAAGUAAUGAGUGAGAAGGAAGCCUUGGUCUUACAGUUACAACAGUUAAAAGAAUCAAAUAUGUCUCUGAGCAAUGAAUUAUCUUUUACAACUUUAAAGAUUAAUGAUUUGAAUGAAGGAAAGGAAUCCUUGAUUAAUCAAUAUGAGACACGAAUUCAAACCCUAGAGGCUGAAUAUGAUAAUGCCCAAAAAGAAAUUAACAGUUUAAAUUUUCAAUUAAAAGAACUUGGUGAUUCUGAAUUAUUACUGAAAGGUAGCAUUGCUUCUCUUCAGCAAGAAAAUUUAUUGCUGUCUGAGACCCUGAACCAGAAUGCUGGUGAAAUUCAAAGCUUAAUGUCUUUAAAAGAAGAAAUUUCUAAGCAGUCUUCUGAAAUUUGUCAUCUAAAAGAGAUUCUUAUUGAUGCUGAGAAAGAUUACAAGGCUAGUUUGGAAAAUGCAUUAUCUGAAAAAAUGUCUUUAUCCUGCCAACUUGAAGAAUCCUCUUUAAUCAUAAAAGAAAGUUUGGAGAAAAAAGGUUUCCUAGAGGAAGAGAAACUAACUUUGACUGAUUUGUUAAAGAAAGAAGGCCAAAAGUGUGAAAUGUUAGAAAUAGAGGUAGCACAACUGAAACAGUCCAUUUUCUGGAUUGGAGAAGACUUGGCACAAAUCAAUAUCAGUGCAGUUCAGGCUGAACUUCAAUAUCAAGAUAAAAUCAGAGGAUUGGAAAGUUCUUUGCUUGAAACUCAAAAUGAUUUAUCAAUUCUGAGAACUGAAUUGGAAAACAGUCAAUUAAAAGAACUUCAUUUGUCAAAGCUGCUUGAUGAAGAAAGCAAUAAAAUUGAAAAAUAUUUGAAACUUGAAGAAAAAUCAGAAGAAUUGAAAAAUAAAAUCUCUUUGCAUGAAUCGAAUCUGGCUGCAAAAUCACAAUCUCUUCAUGAAGCUAAUGAAAAGAUUUCAUUGAUCACUUCUGAAUAUGAGGCUAGUUUGGAAAAUGCAUUAUCUGAAAAAAUGUCUUUAUCCUGUCAACUUGAAGAAUCCUCUUUAAUCAUAAAAGAAAGUUUGGAGAAAGUAGGUAUUCUAGAGGAAGAGAAACUAACUUUGACUGAUUUGUUAAAGAAAGAGGGCCAAAAGUGUGAAAUGUUAGAAAUGGAGGUAGCACAACUAAAACAAUCUAUUUUCUGGAUUGGAGAAGACUUGGCACAAAUCAAUAUCAGUGCAGUUCAGGCCGAGCUUCAGUAUCAAGAUAAAAUCAGAGGAUUGGAAACUUCUUUGCUUGAAACUCAAAAUGACUUAACAGUUCUGAGAACUGAAUUGGAAAAUAGUCAAUUAAAAGAACUUCAUUUGUCAAAGCUGCUUGAUGAAGAAAGCAAUAAAAGUGAAAAAUGUUUGAAACUUGAGGAAAAAUCAGAAGAAUUGAAAAAUAAAAUCUCUUUGCAGGAAUCGAAUCUGGUUGCAAAAUCACAAUCUCUUCAUGAAGCUAAUGAAAAGAUUUCACUGAUCACUUCUGAAUAUGAGGAAAAGAUUGAGGCUUGUAAAAAUAAACUCUCCUUGACUUUAGAGGAAUACCAAGUUAUGAAGAGUCUUUUAGAAGAAUCAUUGCUGAAUGAAGAUGCAUUAAAAGAAAAAAUAAUAAUUUUCCAGAAUGAGAAAGCAGAUCUUGAGAAUAAGAUUCUAGCUGAAGUUGAAAAAAAUAUUUCUCUUGAAGCAGAAGAAAAGAAAAACGCAGAAAAAAUAGCUGAACUUGAAAACAAAUUAUAUAUUAUUUCAAUUGAUUUAGAAAAAGAGAGAAAAGCACUACUUGAAAAAGAGCUUGAAAUUUCUGAACUUGAAAGCAAGUUGGAGUCAACACAGUCAGAGCUUCAACAGUCUUUUGAUCAGCUGCAAGAAACUAUUUGCAAUGAAAAAACUCUGAAAGAAAAGUUGUGUUUGGUUGAAAAUGAACACUCUGAACUUGCUAAAAGCCUGGAGGCUCAAUCCGAUAAAAUUAAAAUGUUAGAAACUACCCUUUUAGAAAUAAAAGAAAAGAUGAUGUUGCUUGAUAAUGACCUAAUGGUUAAAUCUUUGGAACUAGAAAAAUGUCAAAAGCAGUUGACUACAUCAGUUUGCAAUGAGGAUUUAAUUUUGGAAAUGACAGACAAGUUGAAAGAUUCUAGAGUACUUUAUGAAACAAUUCAAAAUCGAUUAAGUGAAUCUUUGUCAAAUGAAGCGUUUUACAAAACUGAGUUUGCAUUGCUUGGUGAUGAAAAAAAUAAAUUAACUUCUGCAUUGGAGGAUCAAUUGGAAAAAGUCAGUGUUCUUGAGAAACACAUUAAAGAAUUAAAAGAGGAUUUAACUGCAAAAUCUUCAGAAUUAGAGAACUAUAAAGAACAACUUCUUUCGUCUCACUGGGAGGAUAAAAUGUCUAAUCUAGAGAUGAAGUUAGAAUCUGUUCAGUUGCAGCUUGAUCAAACUCUACUCCAGCUACAGGACUCAAUUAACAAUGAAUGCACUUUAAAAGAAAGCCUGUCUUUGAUGGAGGUUGAGAAAACAGAUCUUACUUUAAGCCUGAAGACGCAAUGUGAGAAAACAAAAGCUUUAGAAACCACUCUUAAUGAAAUGACUGAAAAAGUUAAUUUAGUUAAUGAGGAACAAAUAGUUAAAGCUUCAGAGUUGGAAGAAUGUAAAAAGCAGCUGACUCUCUCAAUUCACAAUGAGGAUUGUCUGAAUACCAAACUACAAUCAUUAACUUCUUUAUGUGAAUCAACUCAAUGUAAGCUGAGUGAUUUGAUUAAAAAUGAGAUAACGUUCAAAACUAAGAUAUCUUUGCUAGAAGAAGAAAAAAUAAACCUUAUUUCACAGUCCAACAUUGAAACAGAAAAGGUAUUGAAUCUGGAAGGAGAAACGGCAGAACUAAAAGAUCAUAUUACUACACUUAAGGAAGAGUUGAAGCUUAAAACUACUGAAAUUGAGAAAUUUGGAAAUGAACAUUUCAUCAUCCAACGACCUAAGGCCAACGAAUUUGCUAAUGGAGAACUGGUUGAUGUUAAAAUUUGGGCACUUAGUGAUCUGAACUGCGUUCACUCAUUGGAAAAUAGUGUGAUGACUAGUUUCAACAAGUAUAAGUUUUUAUGGGCUUAUCAUCUCUUAAAUGGCGAGGAUUUAGAAAAAUCUGAAAUGAAUGUCUCAUCCUUAAAUAGAAUAUUCCUUCUGCUGCAGGAGCAAAAAGCUAUCUUGAAUUUUAUUCUCAGCAUUUCAAAAAUGAAAUCAGUAUCAGAGCAACUGAAUUUCCUUUCCAUUUCCUCACAGUCUAAUUGCAUUUCUGAUAUUCAGUUAGAAAGUAUUGUUACUGAUAAUUUAUUUAACAAUAUUUUAAAGAUGUUGUGCGUAAAUAGUGUACAUAUUUUGGAGUGCACAACCCAGAAAAUUCAGAAAUGUUUGCAAAAUUUGGAACAGCCUGUCUCAUUCUUAGAAAGCCAAGGUAACAUAAACUCCAGUAAUCAUCACAUUGCGAUUACUUUCGAUACAAAAUAUAUUCUGUAUGAAUAUAAAAUUAGCAGCUAUUUCUCAAAGAGAAACUCUAGUCCCACUUAUCAAGAAAAUCAAUAUUUCAUGUGGGAUUCAACUGAUGAAAAGCAAAUUAAAGAUGUCUUACAAAAACUAAGUCUUAAAGAAGUUUCAAAAAUUUUGGACUUUUAUGCUAUUUCAAAUGAUGAUGCAGUUAAUUUUUUUGACUCUGAGAACUUUAAUCCUGAAGUUUUGCAAUCAGUUACAUUUUUACUUUUUCAUAAAUACAAUCAAACUAGAGGAGUUGAAAUUUUAAAUGAACUCAAGCAAUGGGCAAGCUUUAGAGAUUUCCUAAAUCAUUGUCUCAAAUCCUUAUCUUGUAUAAACAUUAAAGAAAAUCCUUGCCUUAUAGGAAUUGAUUCAAAAAAUUUUUGUAUGAAACAGGUGGAAGUGGAAAAUAAUGCAAGUAAAAGCAAAGCAUGCGUAAAUACUUCGAUUAUUGAGAAAGAAAAAGAUUCAUUGGAUCUGAAAGUAGAAAAUACUGCAUGUAAAAAUGAAUCAUGCUUAAAUUGUUCAGUUCUUAAAAAGGAAAAAUCAGCUUUAGAGCUUGUUAUAAGUAAAGAAAAAGAAAAACAAAAGUCAUUAAAUUCUACAAUUGAAGAAAUUGAGCAGGAUCUAAGUGAUACUUUCGUGCAUAAAUGUCAAUUGCAGGAUGCAAUUAUUGAAGUAGGAAAAAUGUUUGAUCAUUUUAUAAAAAAAUCUAUUGAUUCAAGUUCUGAAAGGGUAUUCAGUUCUGAAUUUUUUUCGAAAACUUGCUUGUGUGAAAAUUGUAUUAAGCAGGAUGGGGAAAUUGCCCAUUCAAAUGAUACAAUACUUUCAGCUGAAACUUUUGCUUCAUGGAUUAAUAAACUUAUUGAGCAGUACGGUAAGAUGAAGAAUGAAAAACAAGAACUAAUAAAGAUAGUAUUUCAAGAAACUGCUGGUUAUAGUUCUGAAACUUCUUAUCAAACAAAUGAUGAAUUUCAGAAACUUGAAGCAGAUGAGACUGAGUUUGCUGUUUUUGUUGAGCAGUAUAAAGAAAAAGUGCAAGCUUUUGAAGUGCUUAAACUAGAGAUAGCCUCCAAAGAAGAAAAUAUCAAAACAUUACAGGAAACAAUAAAAAGUCAAAAAGAAAUUUUAGAAGACGCUCGUUUGCAAUCUAAAGUUUAUGAAAAUGAAGUUGCAAAACUGGAAAGUAAAAUAAGAAAGUAUGAAAUAACUGAAUCCCAUGAGCCUGUUUUAAUUGGUGAAAAGGAAAAACUAAUAAUUGAUUUGCAACAAAAAUUAAAAGCUCUUGAAAAAUCUAAUGAUGCUUUAAAUUUAGAUAUUGAGAAAACAGAACAGCAGAUCCAGACUCUUUCUGUUUCAAAACAAAAACUUGAGGAUGAAGUUAACAAAUUAUCGUUAGAGUUGUCGAAGAAAAAUCUGGAUAUAGAAACCUGGAAACAUAUGUAUGAAACUGAAAAAAUGUCCAAAUCAGAACUUAUGAGUAAAAUACAGCAACUUGAACUUGAAAAAGUAGAAUUAAAAGAAAAGUUUGUCCAAUUUGAAAUUCUAAACGAUGAUGCGGAACAGAAUGAGACUGUUCUAAAAAUUCAGCAAGAACUUCAGACUUGUCAACUUGCUGAAUCAAACUGGAAAAAUAUGUAUGAAGCUGAAAAAAAGCAUACAUCCGAAGUUUUGAGUAAGAUCGAGCAACUUGAAAUUGAAAAAUUAGAAUUGGAAGAAAAGUUAGUACAAAUUGAGAUCUUAAACAGUGAUAUGGAAGAUGAUUUGAUUAAUUUGAAGAAACUUCAGCAAGAACACCAAACUUGUCAAUCGACUAUAUCAAACUGGAAAAAUAAGUAUGAAGCUGAGAAAAAAUCUGCCUCGGAGCUUACAAGCAAGGUACAACAACUUGAAGUAGAUUUAGAAGAAAAAGUUCAACAACUUCAGAUUGUAAAUGAUGAUUUAAAACAAGAGGUAAACAAUCUGAUAGCUUUACAACAAGAGCAUGAAACUCAGAAGUUAAAUGCAUCAACAUGGAAAGAUAUGUAUGAAAUUGAGAAAAAGUCCCUAUCCGAGCUUAUGAGCAAUGUAGAACAACUUGAAAUAGAAAAAAUGGAACUGGAACAAAAUUUUAAAAAUCUCCAGAUUGUAAAUGAAGGUUUAGAACAAGACUUAGCCACUUUUAAAAAUUUGCAGCAAGAUCAUGAAGUUCAAAAGUCAGAUGCAAUAACAUAUAAGGAUUUGUAUGAAAAUGAGAAAAAAUCCUCUUCACAGUUAUCAAGUAAACUACUGCAGUUGGAAAAAGAGAAAACAGAAUUUGAGGAGAAGCUGAAACAACUCCAGGUUGUAAAUGAUGCUUUGAAAAACGAUGUGAAUACGCUGAAAAUCUUGCAACGAGAGCAUGAGGACACACUUCUUGCAAAGAAUCAUAGUUUGAAAGAAAAAGAUCAUAUUAUACAGGUGCUUCAAGAAAGAAAUAAUGAAAUUGAAUCUAAUAAUGUGCAUGAUUCUGAAGAAUUAAAUGAGUUGCAGAACUUAAGGUCACAUUCAAAAAUAAUGUCAGAAAAUGUAUCUUGCUUAGAAAAAAAAGUCCAGGAUACUGCAAGUGAAAAUAUAUUGCUACAAGACGCAUUGAAAGAAGUAGGAAAUGAAAGAGAUGAAUUGAAAAAUAAAAUUGAUUCUCUAAAACUAGAUGUUGUUAAACUAACUGAAGAUUUAGAAUUGCAAAACCAGGCCAAUUCGGAAUUGAAUAAACAGUUAGAAAUAAAAAAAAUUGCAUUGCUGAAUGAGUCAGAGUUGCACAGAUCUGCUGAAAAUGCAAUUCAAGUUCAAAAAGAAACAAUUAGCAGCUUAAAUUCAUCUUUAGAAGAAAAAAUAUCUCAAAUGGAACAUCAAAUGCAAAUAAUGAAAAAUCAAACACAAGUAAUGAAAAAUCAAAAUACGAAAUUGCUAGAAAAUGAAUCAGUUAGUAAACAAGCAAUUUUGGAUUUGAAAGAUCAUAUUCGCACUGCAACUUGUUCAUUGAAAGAACUAGAAUCAAAAUAUUCUAAAUUAUCUACUGAAAACAGUGCUCUUUUAGAAAAGAGGAGAGGAAUGUCAAUUAUUUCUGAAAAUGAAGAAAUGAAACAAGUUUCACAUAAAGUUAAAUUUACCGAAAAUAUUUUCAAUUUAAUUGAAGAAAUAGUUAAAGAUUUUUCUGGUUCUAAAUCAAUUGAACAGAUUGAAAAUGACUUAAACUCUAUAAAAAAACUCUUCAGUCAAAGUUCUGAUUCUUCUAAUAUUGAAGAACUCUCUAAAAGUUUUUGUGAUAAUUUAAAAUCAUUCUUCAAAAAUUAUCUUUUGAACAUAGAAGAGGUAAAACUCAAGAUUUGCGCUAUCUCUAAUUCUGUUAACUAUAUGGGUCAAUUUGUUGACUCUUUCUCCGACAGUGAUAGUCCUAAAACCCUUCAUUUUGCAGACAAUAUUGUCGAUGUUACCUUCAAUGAAACAUUGAGGGAAAAUCUAAUAGAAAGAGCUGGAGUUUCACAUGAGCAAGUUAUUAAAGAUCUGCAACAAACUCAAGAACUUUUAGAAAAUUACUUCUCUGCUCUGAAAACAAUUAUUCUGAAGCAAGCAGAUAAUUGCAAGGAUCUUAAAUCCAAGUUGGAUCAGGCAUUAUCAAAAGCAUCUACCAGUGAAUCUCAAGGGAACAGUGAAGAUUUUGUUCCGAAAUGGAAAUUUAAGCUGGUAAGAGUUUCUGCUCAUCGUUGGGAACAAGAAGCAAUCAAAAUACAGAAGUCCUUACAAGAGAUUAUUGAUAAUUUAGAAAAAAAACUCAAAGUUCAUGCUGAAAAAAUCGAUUCAUUAGAAAAAGAAAAAGUAAAAUCAGAAUUAGAACUCAAUCAAAGAAUCAGAACUCUUGAAGAGGAAAACAAAAUGCUUGAUGAAGAGGCUGAGGAGCUCAGUGAAGAUUUUAAGAAGCUAGAGCUCUCCGAAAAUAGAGAUAAACUGAAGCUUUAUGAAACUAUAGAUGCUUUGAAGGAAAAACUAGAGAAGACUGUAAAAGAAUGCAAUGAGUUGAAGGCUUCAAGCAUAGGCAAAUAAAUAUGACGGCAGAUGGUGAAUAGAAGAAAGGCAUAUUUUAAGAUAUUGUGUGACUUGAAAUAUUUUGAUACCUAUUUCAUGUAAAAUAAUUUUAACCGUGUGUCCAAUCUGUUAUUCUGAACGUGUAAAUUUUUAUUUUAAAUUUUUUGUGUGUAUAUUAAGUAUUUUUAUAUUUUGAACUCAUCUUUUUAGAUUUUUGUAAUCUAGUUUGUUGUCUAGUUUGUAAAUUUGCAACGUUUAUUUUUAUAAAAUUGAAUUUUUAAAUUUG